AUGAGUGGUUCCCACCCCCGGCUUCACCAGAGCGCCGCGCCCGCUCCUAACGCUCUCUCCACGGACAAGGACGCCGACAUGCCCGCCACGGAGAAAGACCUGGCCGAGGACGCGCCGUGGAAGAAAAUCCAGCAGAACACGUUCACCCGCUGGUGUAACGAGCAUCUGAAAUGCGUCAACAAGCGAAUAGGCAACUUGCAGACCGACCUCGGCGAUGGGCUGCGGCUCAUCGGGCUACUGGAGGUCCUCUCCCAGAAGAAGAUGUUACGAAAGUACAACCAGAGGCCCACCUUCCGCCAGAUGCAGCUGGAAAACGUGUCCGUGGCCCUGGAGUUCUUGGACAAGGAGAACAUCAAGCUGGUGUCCAUAGACUCCAAAGCCAUUGUUGAUGGAAAUCUGAAGCUCAUCCUGGGUCUGAUCUGGACCUUGAUCCUGCACUACUCCAUCUCCAUGCCGAUGUGGGAUGAGGAAGAGGAGGCAGAUGACGGCAAACAAAAGACCCCCAAGCAAAGGUUAUUGGGAUGGAUUCAGAACAAACUACCUGAGCUUCCCAUCACAAACUUCAACCGGGACUGGCAGACUGGCCGGGCUCUGGGGGCCCUGGUCGACAGCUGUGCUCCAGGUCUGUGUCCUGACUGGGACCAAUGGGAUCAGACUAAACCUGUGGAUAAUGCUCGUGAGGCCAUGCAACAAGCUGAUGACUGGCUUGGUAUACCACAGGUUAUAACCCCUGAGGAAAUUGUUGACCCCAAUGUGGAUGAGCAUUCAGUCAUGACUUACCUGUCCCAGUUCCCAAAGGGUAAACUUAAGCCUGGUGCACCACUCAGACCCAAACUCAACCCCAAGAAAGCACGUGCUUAUGGGCCAGGCAUUGAGCCGCUUGGUAAUGUCGUGAUGAAAAAGGCUGUGUUCACUGUGGAGACCAUCAGUGCAGGAAUGGGAGAAGUACUCGUUUAUGUCGAGGACCCUGCUGGACACAGAGAGGAGGCCAAAGUGACAGCCAACAACGAUAAGAAUCGCACCUACUCUGUCUUCUACAUCCCAAAAGUCACUGGCAUGCACAAGGUGACAGUGUUGUUUGCAGGUCAACACAUCUCCAAGAGCCCAUUUGAGGUGGAGAUUGGCAUGGCGCAGGGAGACUCCAGCAAGGCCACUGCUCAAGGCCCUGGCUUGGAGCCAUCGGGCAACAUUGCUAACAAGAGCACUUAUUUUGACGUAUACACAGCAGGUGCUGGUGUUGGUGAAGUGGAAGUAGUGAUUAUGGACCCGGCAGGGAAAAAGAACACUGUAACUUGCAACAUAGAGGACAAAGGCAACAGUAGCUACCGUUGCACCUACAAACCAACCCAGGAGGGCCAACAUAUCAUUUAUGUAACCUUUGCUGGUGGUCAGAUCAACAAAAGUCCUUUUACAGUGGAUAUUGGCGAAGCAUGCAACCCCAGCCUAUGCAAAGCAAAGGGUCGUGGUCUGCAGCCAAAGGGCUUAAGGGUAAAGGAGACUGCAGACUUCAAGGUUUACACCAAAGGAGCUGGCACUGGAGAGCUCAAAGUCACUAUCAAGGGACCCAAGGGCCUUGAAGAGCCUUGCAAGAGGAAAGAUUUGGGUGAUGGUGUGUACGAAUUUGAGUAUUACCCCACAACACCUGGCACAUAUAGCAUCACCAUCACCUGGGGAGGACAGCACAUACCUCGCAGUCCCAUUGAAGUUAAGAUUGGGCCUGAAGCUGGCCAACAGAAAGUGAGGGCUUGGGGUCCAGGCCUUGAGGGUGGCGUGGUUGGCAAAUCUGCUGACUUUGUUGUAGAGGCUGUCGGGGACAAUGUCGGCACUCUGGGUUUCUCAGUGGAAGGUCCAUCUCAGGCUAAAAUUGAAUGUGACGACAAAGGAGACGGUUCUUGUGAUGUACGCUACUGGCCCACAGAGCCUGGCGAGUAUGCGGUGCAUGUUCUCUGCAACAGUGAGGAUAUUCAACACUCACCAUUUAUGGCUGAGAUUGUCAACCCACCUGGCAAAGACUUUCACCCUGAUAAGGUUAAGGCAUAUGGCCCAGGUCUUCAAAGCAGUGGUUUGGCUGUUGGCAAACCCACAGAGUUUACGGUUGAUGCCAAGCAAGGUGGAAAAGCUCCACUGAAGAUUGUUGCUCAGGACGGGGAAGGCACUCCUCUGGAUGUGCACGUUAAAGACAAUGGAAAUGGCACAUACACCUGCAGUUACACUCCGCGCCGACCUUUAAAACACACAGUCAUGGUAUCAUGGGGAGGAGUCAACAUUCCUGACAGCCCUUUUAGGAUGAAUGUUGGGGCCGGCUGCCAUCCAAACAAAGUGAAGGUAUCAGGACCCGGAGUGGCCAAGACUGGUCUAAAGGCUUUUGAGCCAACAUAUUUUACAGUAGAUUGUGCUGAAGCUGGUCAAGGUGACAUCAGCAUUGGAAUCAAGUGCGCCCCUGGAGUUGUGGGUCCUGCAGAGGCAGACAUAGACUUUGACAUUAUCAGGAACGACAACGAUACAUUCACUGUCAAGUACACACCACCUGGAGCAGGCAGCUACACCAUCAUGGUUCUCUUUGCUGACCAAGCUAUUCCAAUGACACCAAUCCGGAUUAAAGUGGAUCCUGCACAUGAUGCCAGUAAAGUGAAAGCAGAAGGCCCAGGGCUCAGCCGCAGUGGUGUUGAAUUAAACAAGCCCACUCAUUUCACCGUGACCACUAAAGGAGCAGGAAAAGCUAACCUUGAUUGUAAUUUCGUCGGACCCAUCAAAGGAGAAGCCGUUAAGGACUUUGAAAUCAUUAACAACCAUGACAACACCCAAACUGUGAAAUACACACCUGUGCAACAGGGUCCUCUGGGGCUUGCAGUAACCUAUGGUGGUGAUCAUAUACCCAAGAGUCCCUUUAACGUUGCAGUGGCACCCUCACUGGACCUCAGCAAGAUCAAUGUCACAGGCCUGGGCGAUAAGAUGUCUGUAGGCAAGGACCAGGAGGUGAAUGUGAAGUCGAAGGGUGCUGGAGGUCAAGGCAAGGUGGCAGCCAAGGUGACUGGACCAUCAGGAAAGCCUGUUUCCUGCAAGGUGGAGCCAGGGCUGAGUCCAGAAACCAGUCAGGUGAAGUUCAUCCCAAGAGAAGCGGGGCCAUACCAGGUUGAACUGACUUAUGAUGGCGUCCAGAUCCCAGGAUCACCUUUCACUCCCGUUGCUUAUCCUGCCACAGACCCCUCUAAGGUGCGCUGUUCUGGUCCCGGAUUGGAGCGUGCCAAAGUUGGGGAAACUGGAGAGUUCAUUGUGGACUGUUCCAAUGCUGGCCCAGCUGAACUGACCAUAGAGAUCAUUUCUGAUGGCGGUACAGAGGCUGAAGUUCAUAUCCAGGACAAUGGGGAUGGCACGUACACCAUCACCUACAUUCCUCUCUACCCUGGUUCGUACACCCUGACUAUCCGCUAUGGUGGCCAGGAUGUGCCCAACUUCCCAGCUCAGCUCACUGUGGAGCCAGCCAUCGAUGCCAGUGGAAUCCGUGUGUUUGGACCAGGAGUGGAAGGCAAAGGCAUUUUCCGUGAAGCCACUACAGAUUUCACAGUAGACGCUCGAGCUCUUACGCUGUCCGGAGGUGACCACAUCAAAACUCUUAUCAGCAACCCAUCAGGCAGCCGUACUGACAGCCUGAUAACAGAUCUUGGGGAUGGAACCUAUAACGUAGAGUACACUCCCUACGAGGAAGGCCCACACAGUGUGGAGGUCUGCUACGAUGGCACACCAGUACCGAAAAGUCCGUUCCGUGUUGCAGUCACUGAAGGUUGUGAUCCAGGCAGAGUACGCGUGCAUGGUCCUGGCCUGAAAUCCGGCACUACCAACAAGCCCAAUAAGUUCACAGUGGAGACGAGGGGAGCCGGCACUGGGGGUCUUGGAUUGGCGAUGGAAGGUCCAUCCGAGGCCAAAAUGUCUUGCACUGAUAACAAAGACGGAAGUUGCAGUGUUGAGUAUAUCCCCUACGAACCAGGCACAUACAACCUCAAUGUAACCUAUGGAGGACAACCUAUCAACGGAAGUCCUUUUUCAGUGCCAGUAAGUGACACAGUGGACAGUUCAAAAGUGAAAUGCCAAGGACCAGGCCUUGGCACCAACGUCAGGGCCAAUAUUCCCCAGGUCUUUACAGUGGAUGCUACAAAAGCUGGAGUGGCCCCACUACAAGUUCGUGUGCAGGGACCUAAAGGUGUUGUGGAGCCUGCAGAAAUUGUGGCCAAUGGUGACCAAACUCACACGGUCAGCUAUGUUCCAACAAGAGAGGGUCCAUAUUCAAUUAACGUCUUAUAUGCUGAUGAAGAGAUUCCACGCAGCCCUUAUAAGGUUAAGGUGCUUCCUACACACGAUGCCAGUAAAGUGCGUGCUAGUGGGCCCGGUCUGAACACCACAGGGGUGCCUGCCUCUCUGCCUGUGGAGUUUACUAUUGAUGCUAAGGAUGCAGGGGAGGGACUGCUGGCAGUGCAAAUCACUGACCCAGAAGGAAAGCCAAAGAAGGCCAACAUUCGCGACAACCACGAUGGAACAUACUUGGUGUCGUAUGUUCCUGACAUGACUGGAAGAUAUACCAUCUUGAUCAAGUACGGAGGAGACGAGAUUCCAUAUUCACCGUAUCGCAUCCGAGCCCUACCCACAGGAGAUGCCAGCAAAUGCACUGUCACAGUCUCAAUUGGAGGUCACGGUUUAGGCGCUGGUGUUGGCCCAACCAUUCAGAUUGGGGAACAGACUGUCAUCACUGUGGACGCUAAGGCAGCGGGGAAAGGCAAAGUUACCUGCAGUGUGUGCACACCCGAGGGUGCGGAGUUGGAUGUCGACGUGGUUGAAAAUGAGGAUGGUACAUUCGACAUCUUUUACACGGCGCCGCAGCCUGGUGAAUAUGUCAUCUGCGUACGUUUUGGAGGAGAGCACAUUCCUAAUAGUCCAUUCCAAGUCACGGCACUGGAAGGAGCUCCAUCGGACCAGCUCAUGCAGCAGUGCCAAAUGCCCCAGUACUACUCUCAACAGCCCUGGGCAACAGACAGACCAAUGGGAAUGAAUGGUCUAGAUGUGACAGGGUUGAGGCCUUUUGACCUGGUUAUCCCGUUCACCAUUCAGAAGGGGGAGAUUACAGGUGAGGUCCGAAUGCCAUCCGGCAAGGUUGCCAAGCCUGAUAUCACAGACAACAAGGAUGGCACUGUUACCGUUAAGUAUGCACCAAUUGAAGCUGGGCUGCAUGAGAUGGAUAUAAAAUAUGACGGAAUUCACAUCCCCGGAAGUCCCCUGCAGUUUUAUGUGGACUACAUGAACAGUGGAAAUGUCAGCGCCUAUGGUCCUGGCUUAAUCCAUGGAACGGUCAACAAACCUGCUGUCUUCACUGUCAACACAAAAGAUGCUGGAGAGGGUGGUCUGUCUCUCGCCAUUGAGGGUCCUUCAAAAGCAGACAUUAGCUGCGUAGACAACCAGGAUGGAACAUGUAGUGUGUCCUACUUGCCUGUUCUGCCGGGAGACUACAGCAUCCUGGUCAAAUACAAUGACAAGCACAUUCCUGGCAGCCCUUUUUCAGCUAGGAUUACUGGGGAUGACUCGAUGAGGAUGUCUCAUCUGAAGGUGGGAUCGGCCGCUGACAUUCCUUUGGACAUCGGAGAUUUCGAUCUCAGCCAACUGACAGCCUCACUCACCACACCCUCUGGCCGUGAGGAACCCUGCCUCCUAAAGAAGCUACGGAAUGGCCAUGUUGGAAUCUCCUUUGUUCCAAAAGAGAUUGGAGAACAUCUGGUGAACAUCAAGAAAAAUGGUCGCCACAUUCCCAGCAGCCCCAUCUCUGUUAUGAUCAACCAGUCUGAGAUUGGAGAUGCCAGCCGCGUUCGUGUUAGUGGCUUGGGGUUGAGUGAAGGCAAGACUUUUGAGCCUGCCGAAUUCAUCAUUGACACUCGUGAUGCAGGUUAUGGUGGCUUGAGCCUGUCCAUCGAAGGACCCAGCAAAGUGGACAUUAACACAGAGGACCAAGAAGAUGGUACAUGCAAGGUCACAUACUGCCCCACUGAACCUGGGAAUUACAUCAUCAACAUCAAGUUUGCUGAUCAACACGUUCCAGGGAGUGCAUUCACAGUGAAGGUUACGGGCGAGGGCAGGAUGAAGGAGAGCAUCACGAGGAAAAAGAGAGCUGCAUCUGUAGCUAAUGUUGGUAGCCAGUGUGACCUUAGCCUCAAGAUUCCAGAGAUCAGCAUAGCAGACAUGGCAGCUCAGGUGACCAGCCCCUCUGGUCAGGUUCACCAAGCAGACAUUAUGGAGGGGGAGAACAACACCUACUGCAUACGUUUUGUCCCCACCGAGACUGGUGUGCACACAGUGUGUGUAAAAUACAAUGGAAUGCAUGUGCCCGGCAGUCCCUUCCAGUUUACAGUGGGUCCUCUUGGAGAGGGAGGGGCACAUAAGGUCCGUGCUGGUGGGCCGGGCCUGGAGAGAGCAGAAGCUGGAGUGCCAGCUGAAUUUAGCAUCUGGACGAGGGAGGCCGGAGCUGGAGGGCUCAGCAUUGCUGUGGAGGGGCCGAGCAAGGCUGAAAUCGCCUUUGAAGACCGCAAAGAUGGCUCUAGUGGAGUUUCUUAUAUUGUGCAGGAGCCAGGAGACUAUGAGGUAUCGAUCCGUUUCAAUGAUGAGCACAUCCCUGACAGCCCCUUCAUCGUUCCGGUGGCCUCCCCCUCGGAUGAUGCACGACGCCUCACUGUUGCCAGCCUUCAGGAGUCUGGCUUGAAGGUGAACCAGCCGGCGUCAUUUGCAGUUAGCCUUAAUGGAGCAAAGGGUGUGAUUGAUGCAAAGGUUCACAGCCCUUCAGGAGCCCUGGAAGAGUGUUGCGUUACAGAGAUUGACCAAGAUAAGUACGCAGUCCGGUUCAUCCCAAGAGAAAAUGGCCUCUAUCUAAUCGAUGUCAAGUUCAAUGGAAGUCACAUCCCUGGUAGUCCAUUUAAGAUCCGGGUUGGCGAGACUGGCCAGGCGGGAGACCCUGGCAUGGUAUCUGCCUAUGGACCAGGAUUGGAAAGAGGAUGCACAGGAACAGCAUGUGAAUUUGUGGUCAACACGAGCAAUGCUGGCCCUGGGGCUUUGGCUGUGACCAUUGAUGGUCCCUCCAAAGUGAAGAUGGACUGUGUGGAGUGUUCAGAAGGCUACAAGGUCACAUACACCCCAAUGGCACCUGGCAGUUAUCUCAUAUCCAUUAAGUAUGGUGGACCCUACCACAUUGUGGGAAGCCCAUUCAAGGCGAAGAUCACUGGUUCCAAGCUUGUGUCAAGCCACAGUUUGCAUGAAACCAGCUCUGUCAUGGUUGACCCGGUGACUCGCGCCCUCAGCUCUACUCAGCAAGGUGCUCCUAUCCAAUCAGAUGCCAGUAAGGUGGUGGCUAAAGGCCUAGGCCUUAACAAGGGUUUUGUUGGUCAGAAAAACAGCUUCAGUGUCGACUGCAGCAAAGCAGGUCGGAACAUGCUGUUGGUUGGGGUGGAUGGCCCCAAAGUUCCCUGUGAGGAAAUCGUGGUAAAACAUUUGGGCAACCGCCUCUAUAAUGUCAGCUACCAGCUCAAAGAGAAGGGAGAAUACAUCCUGGUGGUCAAAUGGGGGGAUGAGCACAUUCCAGGCAGUCCCUUCCAUAUCAUUGUCUAA